GGUGAUUGCGGAAGUAAGCCUAAGGACAGAAGGAACACGAUCACAGUUGCUCUGUCAGCUCGAGCGUUGUUUGACCUGGAGACAGAGAACAAGUUUUAUAAGGAGAAUGGACUGGAGGCGUACAUACAGCAUAUGGUGGAGAGGGAGAAUGAAGUCCUGGGAAAAGGACCAGCUUUCGAGUUUGUGGAGUCAGCUCUGGCUGUCAACGAUCGUAUCCGGAAGCUUGACCCGAAGGACAACGAACUGUUUGACAUCGUGAUCGUCAGCCGUAAUCACGCACAGGCAGCGGUCAGACUUAUCAACUCCAUCAACCACUAUGGUCUGUGUUUGGAGAGAAUCACCCUAGCGGGAGGGGCUGACCCAACCACAUACCUGGGUGCGUGGAAGGCAGACCUGUUCCUGUCACCUGAUGAAGACGAUGUUAGGAGCGCCAUUAAAGCAGGGUUCCCAGCAGCAGUGGUUUACAAGUAUAACGGUGAGGACCUGCCCAACGACCAACUCCGGAUCGUGUUUGACGGAGACGCAGUUCUGUUCUCGGACGAGGCGGAGCGAGUGUACCAGCAGCGAGGGUUUCCGGCCUUCGUGGAAAACGAGAGGCAGAAGGCUGGGAUGCCAUUGGACGAGGGCCCACUGAGAAAGUUUGCCAGCAGAAUUGCAGCCAUACAGGAGAAGUUUCACACGAAAGAAGUUCCGUGUCCGAUCCGCACGUACAUCCUGACGGCCAGGUCGGGCGCCAGCGCGGGAAAACGUGCAAUCCUCACGCUCCGCGAAUGGGGCCUGAAAAUCGACGAGUGCACGUUCAAUGCUGGAGCCAGCAAGGCGGCAAUGUUGAAAGCGAUCAAGCCACACCUGUUCUUCGAUGACUCGCCGUCGCACAUUGAUGCAGCUUUAGAAGAGAACAUCCCUGCUGCGAGGGUGCUCUACGGCAUCAAGGAUGAAAAAGUUGAAGCCAAGCCAGCCGAGAAGGGCAAGAAGCGGGGCAGGGAGAGGUUGGUUGAGAGCGACGGAGCAAAGGGAACUUUAAAGGAGCAUUUUCCUGUUAAGAAGACCAAGUCUUAGUCUUUUCAAUGGGGAAAUUAAGGGAUGUGGAGAUACGACAUUUGUCCGUUCUUGGUGAUUAAGUAGGGAUAUGGGAAAUUUUACCUGACUUUGCUCUUUCAAAUGGCUGCAAUAUUACAUUCCCUUCCUAACAUGAUUUUGGCAAUUACUGGAUACAUAUCUGAAUGUUAUUGAUUUUUAACCCAAUACUUAUAAGUAUUACCAAAUCAUUUUCAUACAAUUUUAUAUUUGUCAAACUUUUGCAUUCCAGCAUAUUAUGUAUUUUU